AUGUUAAACAAAUCAUCUGAUGGUGGUAGAUUGCCUCAUCGUAAUCAUCCACUCUUAAAUCAUUUCAUAUAUCAAUAUAAUAUUCAUCAGCAGCAUAAUAACAACAAUGGAUCGGAGGAAGAUAUUGAUGAUAAGAAAUUAUUUAGCAAAUUGAAACAAGACUUGGCAGAACAUUUAAAUAAUAAUCAAUUAAUUGAUGAAUACUUUUCUUGUUUAUCUCCUUCGGUAUCAAAAUUAGUACACAAGAAUGAUGGCAAAAUAGAAAAUAAUGAACAACAACAAUAUAUUGAUUCUACAACAGGUUUAUUACUAGUAGAUGACGAUGAAAAUUCAACAACAGAAGGAUUUCCUCUACUUGAUGUGUUAUCCGAUAACUUUUUAAAUGCUUCUUUAGAAUUGAGAGAAAUUUGCAAGUCUAUUUGGAAGACUAAUUCAUUAGAUUCAAUUUUAUUGGAUUGCAAUACUCAAGUAAUGUCAAUUAAACAAUUAUUGAUUGAAUAUAUUACAGUGACAAAACAACCAUUGGAAAUUCUUGAAUAUUUACAAAAUAUUACUCAACAAGAUGAUUCAUUUUCUAAUGUUUAUUCAGUAUUUAGUUUACUUUCAACAAUGGUUGAACAUUUGAUUACAUCUGUUGUCUAUACAGUUGCUACAUUGGAUGAGUCAAAGAAUGGUAAUGAUGUUGUCAUUCCAUUGACAUUGACCGAAAUAUUGGAAUGUGAACAAGUUAAAAAAAUAUUACCAAUCAAAUUAUUGAAUAUCAUUAAGGUUUUUAUGGGUCCACCUAAAGGACUCAACUUGAGAAAUGUACUUUAUCAUGGAUUUUUAGAUGAAACAGAAAUUCAUCCAUCCUAUUUAUCAUUUUUAUGGAGAAUUUACUUUACCACAUGUAAAUGUGUAUCUACAUAUACUCAAAUAUCAGGUUGGACUGAAUUUGUAUUGAAACCAAGAACUGAUUUGACCAACGUUUCACAAUAUGAAGAACUUUUCAAAUACCAAAAUGAUCAACUUUUAUUUCAAAAUGAAAAUGAUUCCAAGACGAUUGAUAAAAUUCUAGAUGAAACCUAUUUCAUUAUACCAACAAGAAUUAGAAUAAUCAAGAAGGCAUUUGAAUUUUUACAAAAAGGUAUUUUACAAUCCAGUGCAAUUGACUUGCAGCUUUCUCUCUGUUUACUUUUCCCUCAAUUUGAAUUUUGUUUGAGAAGAGUUUACAUUGCUUCCAAUCAAAAAGUUGAUGAAAGAACAUGGUCUGCUCAGAAUGAAGAAUUUUUCAGUACAUUGGAUGUAAUUUUUGCCAAUCACUUGGAAACAUCAAUCUAUUGUGAUUCAGUUCUCUCCUCAAAAGAUCAAAAAACUGUUAUUGAUCAUCAAAAUUUAACACCCAACGAAUUAUUUAACAUUGUUGGGAAUAACAUUGGUGAUGCUCUUAUGGAUGCAUUCAUAUUUUAUAGGGGUCCUAAAUUGAGAGACAAGAUUGCUCACUGUCAAGUUCUAGGCCAAAUGGAUCCAAAACUAGUUCAACAUUUCUUUUUAAUAUUUAUUUCUUUAUGUGUUCAUUUUUCUAAAGAUGGAAAUGAAUCAACAUUAGAGACUUCACAUCUUUUACAAUCCACAAUGAACCAUCUUAUUAACAAACAAGUAUCAUUCAGUUUUUAUGAUAUUAGAACUAGAUUUAUUAAUUUUUGGAACGAGAUUAAGGAUGUAUAUUAUCAAAAGAAGAAAUUUUACUGUUGUGGAGAGGGAUAUGUAUGCGAGAAUCCAGUGGGGCACAUCAAGGAAUUAGAUGAGUACAAGUGUGCUAUCAAUAGAGAUGGAUUUUCUCUAUUGAAAUCACUUGAUGAUAAUAUUAGAGAUGAUUUGGUUAAUAUUUUAGAGACAAAUUUUAAAAAAGGACAACCAAAGAAUGUGCAAUUUUCCAUGAAUGAAUGCUUUGAAUAUUUGAUAGUGAAAAAUCCACUCAUUGGAAAGAUUCAAUCACAAGAUAUUGAGUGCACAUACAAUAACCAUUUCCACUGCCCAGCUCAACAAAUUACCAAUAUUGAAAUGUUGGUAAGAGUUUUAGAGCAUUUGUACACUGGUUUGGAAGCAUUGGAAGAGAAAUAUUUGGAUUUGUGUAACUUAAUUAAUGAAAGAAAGGCCAGAACACCACAAAGAAAACUUUUCAUUACAAUGACUCAAACUAGAUCAAUUAUUGAUUUUAUUUUCAAGUUCUUUAUUGAAUAUACUUUUAUUCAAUUCGAAAUAAUUGAUAAGAGACAAGUGGAGGAAGGUGAUGGAAAGAAACGUUUGAAUUGGGUUCAACAAUUAUUAACUCAAGCUCUCAGAAUUGAAGGUCAAAUCAAAGAAGGAACUAUUGGUGUCAUGUGUGCAAAAUUCUUGGAAUUUAUCAUUCAAAAAGAAAAGAACAUUACAAAAGACUUUCAAGAUUAUGAACUUGUAAAUAAUGAAAGUAAAUAAAUUUU